AUGGUGGCGAGAAUGGACGACGGGAGGCAAAAGAAAGGGGUGAACAAGCGAACGAUCAUCGCAAUCUUCUGUUUUCUCAUCUCGACCGUUAUUCUCGUCUUGGUGCUCACAAAAGACUCAAAAGACAAAAGACAAAAGACUCAAAAGACUGGGCUCAGCAAAUCUUGGCAAAUCCCCAAUGAGAGCUAUCAUCCACUCAGCUACUCGAUUGAGCUUUUCGUUUAUUUACCCGGCUAUGGAAAUCAUUUCAAAGAAGGGGAUAAAUUCACAACUCGAGGAAAAGUAGUGAUCGAUCUUCUGGUGAAUGAGACAGUCGAUGGCAUCGAGCUGCAUGUCAAUGAGCUCGAGAUCAUCAAGGCCACUUUGAGUCAAUUGCAGAAUACGUCAUCGGACCAUUCAGCUCAGCCUCGUCCAAUGUCAAUGACCUACAACGAAACAUUGUAUCGAGUCGGAUUCAGCGAUGGGACACCAAUCAAUCCGGGACGUUACUUCCUUGAGAUUCGCUAUUCGGGAAAGAUCAACAAUCGUCUCGACGGUCUCUAUCGAUCGUUGUCUGAAGGGAAUAAUGGGAAGAAAAAGGAGAAACGAUACAUAGCUGUCACGCAGAGUCAGGCGACACAUGCUCGACAGAUUGUCCCUUGUUUUGACGAACCGCGUUUCAAGGCGAGAUGGCAUCUCGUGAUUCAUCACCCCCUCAACACCAAAGUCAAUUCGAACGUCGCGAUUCGGAAACGAAAAAAGACCCUAAUCAAUGGCCACAUCUGGGAGACAUCCGAUUUCCAUUCGACCCCAAAAAUGUCCUCGUAUCUGUUGGCUUUAGUUGUGCACAAUUGGACACCGAAAAGGGUGAUGGCGAGGAACAAUAGGACAAUGAUCAGCAUCUACGCUCGACCAGAAGCAAUAGGCUCGGUGGAGAUGGGAUUGGAUGUGGCUUUUGAGACGCUCGACCUCUUCGAAAAACUCCUCAAAAUGCCAUAUCCGAUGUCGAAACUUGAUCUCUUCGCCGUUCCCGAUUUCGAGCACGGAGCCAUGGAAAAUUGGGGUCUUAUCGUCUUCAGCGAACCAAUUCUCCUAGUUGACGGAGUUCAAGACAAACAGAGCAAAGUGCUUCGCCGAUUGAUGGCUCACGAGAUCGCUCAUCAGUGGUUUGGCAAUCUGGUGACAUUGAGAUGGUGGAAUGAACUGUGGUUGAACGAGGGAUUUGCCCACUUCAUGGAACUGUUCGCUUAUCGUUUUUGGAUGCCCGAAGAUGAGGCGAUAAUCGAAUUUAUGUUCUCCGAUAAACGGCAAGCCGCAACGAGACGCGAUGCCCGAUUACCAAGAAGAGCCGUUGUGGAAAAAGUGGAUCAAGGAGAUCAAUACAAUAUAUGGCCGAGAACCCCGGGAGAGAUCCGAGCAAUGAUCAACCCGUUGACCUACGCCAAAGGAGGUUUCGGUCUCUUCUCAAUGUACAAAAUGCUCGGCCAUUCCAACUUCUUUGCCUAUUUGAAAAACUAUCUCAUCAAACAUCAACACGGCACAGUCAACAGCGAGGACAUUUGGUCUCGAGAUCUUUUCAACAGCACCGAUAUGGCUUUAUGGGAGAAUGUACACACGGUUCUACGAGAUCAUCUACACGUGCCUGGUCUCCCAGUUCUCAUGCUGAAUCGACAUCAAAAUGGAAGUUAUUCGUUCACUGAAAAACUCUACGACUCAUCGAGUAUUGGUCUAGAGAUUUCCCAGUUUCCCAAGAUUCAUCGAACUUUUCCGAUUUCGAUCGAAAUCGAAAGUAACAGGGUUUUUACGUGUGAUAAGGAACGAUUAAAUGACCUAUUGUCGAAUAUCUCGAUCGACUCGUUACCGAUUCUCAAUUUCGACGGCCGAGGCUACACUCGGAUCUGUUAUGGGAAUGAGUGGAAGCGAGUAUUAGAGGCAAUUGAUGAAACGGCGCUGUCUCCACUCUCGCGAGCGAUUCUUUACGACGAUCUGUUUGCGAUGGCCGACAUCGGCAGAGUCCCCUACUCCCUUGUCCUCGAUUUCACCAUUUCUCGACUUGGAAAAAAACUCGAAUUGAACAGAGCGGCACGGAGUGUUUUGUCGACGAGACUUCGCGAGAUUUUCAAACGAGUGAAAACAGAGAUGAACCCCACGCAACGCCUUCUUUGUCAAAAAGUCUGCAAACAGUAUGGGCGAUAUGACCAAUUGUCUCAAGCUUGUCUCUUCAAUGCAGAUGGGUUUUAUCGCGAUAAGAUCGGCGCCGACGAGCUUGAGUUGAAGUACAAGCGGCUCCUCGAUGAAGAAGAUCUCAACGCUGUGAAAACCCUCGUGGCUUUUCUAUUUACUUCUCGGAUAUGGAAAUACCCGGAAAUGAUUCUGAAUGGAUUGAUUGAAGAUGGUCGAAUGAUUUCUCUAAAUGGAUUGCUCGAUGAAACGCAGACUCAACGUCUCGUCCCGAUGCUACCUCAAUUGAGUCAACAUCCAAAUGUCGGAAAAGAUGCUAUCAAAUUCCUCAUCAAAAAUGGGAAGAGGAUUCAUGAGAGACUCCACAAAUCAUGGAGUGCCAUGCUCGACGUCUACUCAUGGUUGCUGAAAGCCGUCAGCAAUGAGGACGAUAUUCGGAGAAUCAAUCAAAUGCGCUCAACACUUCCACAAGAGGCAGCCGAGAUGUCCAUUUGGGAGGAGACCUUCGAGGAAUAUCGGCUUCGCGUCAAAUGGAAUGAGAAAAUCAAGCCUCAAAUUGUCGAUUGGUUCGAAAGAUAUUUGGAAAGAGAGACCUCGACUCCAACAAAGAACUCAAGCCGAAUCUAUCCUGAUUCCUUUGAUAUCAAAGAGUCGAAUUAUUUGACAGUUUCGUCAUUUUGUUUUCAU